AUGACUCUUCUAUGGCUGCAGGCUGACUUGGAAAGCAAAACCUGGGACUCGAGUUCCCAAGCCCUCCGCGUCAAGAAUCAAGAUGCCAUGUCUAGCCCACAAUUGCGUUCAUCUCCGGGUCGCAAUAUGCAAGGAGGAAUGUCUCCCGUAGGCUUUUCCCGCACCCAUAGCGCUUGGGAGAGCAACGUGAGAGUGGGCUCCGGCCUCGUCCUGCGCGUAAGGUGCUUUCAAUUCAUGAUUCCCCUCAUUGAGCAACCCAAGAUCCUGGGCAAGACCCAGUCUGGUCGCAUCACAUGA